AUGGGGUUCAGAAAGGUAGUAUCGUUUCAACCGGAUUAUGUUCCACAAUACCAUAUAACAAAGUACAUCUCGGAACGGACCAAAUUGCAAGUGGUGCAUAUAAACCACAAGACUUCUACAUUGGUUCAUGGUUAUUUUGCUGUUCCUACGGAAUGCCCCAACGAUUCAGGUGCUCCACAUACUUUGGAGCAUUUGGUCUUCAUGGGCUCUAAAUCUUAUCCGUAUAAAGGCUUAUUAGAUACGGCUGGUAAUCUAUCUUUGUCUGUUACCAACGCUUGGACUGAUACUGAUCAAACUGUUUAUACAUUGAGCAGUGCUGGUUGGAAGGGAUUUUCUAAGCUAUUGCCAGCUUACCUAGAUCAUAUUCUACAUCCAACUUUAACGGAUGAGGCUUGUUUAACUGAGGUCUAUCACAUCGACCCGGAAAAUUUGAGCGAUAAAGGUGUGGUAUUUAGUGAAAUGGAAGCAAUUGAAACACAAGGUUGGUAUAUUUCGAAUUUAGAAAAACAACGAUUAAUGUUUCCUGAGGGGAGUGGUUACCGGUCAGAAACGGGUGGCUUAACUAAGAAUUUAAGAACCUUGACCAGCGAAGAAAUCAGGCAAUUUCAUAAGUCCUUGUAUUCUUCAGAUAAUCUUUGUGUAAUUGUUUGUGGAAAUGUCCCAGCAGAUGAAUUACUAAGCAUCAUGGAAGAAUGGGAUAAUACAUUGCCGGAGAUUCCAUCAACAGCGCCAAAGAAAAGGCCAUUUCUAGAUAACAAGCAGUCACAUAUACCAAAAUCGAUGGAUAAAGUCAUCGAAUCUACUGUAGAAUUUCCUGAGCUCGAUGAAAGUCAAAGCGAAUUGCUUUUUUCCUGGAUUGGUGUACCCUAUGCAGAUUUCCGUAAUGACUUGGCAGUUUCUAUAUUAAUAGAUUACUUCACCGACACUUCAUUGGCGGUUUUUACCAGAGAAUUGGUUGAGAUUGACGACCCCAUGGCUAAUUCCACUGAUUGUUGGACGGAUUGUUUCAUGAGAACCAUAAUCGAUUUACGUAUUCAGGGUGUCCCUACGGAAAAAAUCGCAGAAACGAAGAAUAAGGUAAUGGAAAUUUUGGAAAGCCAUAAAAUUGAUUUACCAAGAGUAAGGCAAGUAGUUGAAAACACUAAAUGGGAGUAUUUACUCAAUUAUGAAAAAAAUGGUCAGAGUCGUUUCUCGAGUGCGGUGAUCACCGAUUACAUUUAUGGUUCUGAGGAUGGUUCUUCACUGGUAUCCUCUCUCAAGGAUUUAAGUGAUUUUGAUUCUUUAUUGCAAUGGUCCCAACAGGACUGGGAAUCUUUGUUAAGGAGCAUCUUUGUGGACAAUAAACCCAUUAUUGUCACGGCCAAACCAAGCGCUCAAAUGUACGAGCGAUUGGAGAAGGAGAAGUCGGAUUUGAUUAAGCAGAGAGAAGCCGAACUUGGUGAAAAAGAAAGAGCAGCUUUAUCAACUAGACUGACCAAUGCAAAAAACAUCAAUGAUAGGCCAAUUCCGAAAUCUUUGUUGCAAAAAUUUGAAAUUGAUAACCCUUCCAAGAGUGUUGAAUUUGUCAAUACAAAGAGCAUCGCAAUUGUUGAUUCGUACAAGAACAAUGAUGUUAAUGAUCCGAUGACCAAAGAAAUUUUAAAAAUGAGACCAGAUAAUUUUCCCUUUUUCAUUCACCUAAACCAUUUUCCCUCCCAAUUUAUAGAACUUCAUUGUUUAGUCAAUUCCACCUGUAUCAAGGAUACCUCGCUUUUACCGUACUAUAAUAUGUUUGAUGAGCUAUUGUCCAUGCCAAUGAAAGUCUUUGAUCAAGAGAAUAAUGUAGAAACUAUGCUCUCGUAUGAGGAAGUUGUCGCGAAGUUGAAAUCGGAGACUAUCGACGCACAAAUAAGCCAGGGUUUGAAAGGAUCUUGUCCUGAUUUUAUUGAUUUUAGAAUUCAAUGUAGGGCUGGAGGUUACUCCAACUCUGUCCAAUGGAUCAAGCAUUGUUUAUUUGAUAUUGUUUUUGAUGAAAAGCGUGUCCGUAUUCUCUUGGAAAACUACUUGAAUUCUAUCGUAGAAUGGAAAAGAAAUGGCAGUGUUAUGUUGGAUUCUCUGACUAACAGAAACCUAUACUCGGAAAGGUCGCUGAAAAAAUCUACAGAUCCGUUGUUUGUUGAAGAGAAAUUACAAGAAAUUUUGGAAGAAAUUGAGAACGGCAAUUUUGAGAAGGAAAUUUUACCAAGAAUAGAAACGAUGAGAAGGCAAUUGAGGACGAAUUUCAACAACUUUCAUAUUUUGGUUCUUGGCGAUAUUUCAAAAAUCGCAGAUAUUUAUGAACCAUGGAAUCCUCUGAUCAUGUGCUUAAACAUUGAGCAUCCUGUUGAAAAGUUGAAGAUUCCACCGGUUCCCAGAGCCUUAAAUUCUAUUUCGCCGGUUUGCAAAAAUCCCGGCGAAAAGGCCUUCAUAAUAACUACUCCUGCUUCGGAAUCUGCUUACAUGAAUUUAAUAACCUCUAUCCCAUUUGACCUGGACUACCAUGAUCCCGAAUACGCAGUUGUUUCGUUAGCUUCUGAAUAUCUCGAAUGCGUUGAAGGUCCGUUUUGGAAGGGAAUUCGUGGCGCUGGAUUAGCUUAUGGCGCUAACAUGUCAAAAUUAUGUGAGAUAAAUUCUUGGGGAUUCAACAUUUAUCGCGGUGCUGACAUUAUCAAAUGUUAUGAAGUUGGUAAACAGAUUGUUCAAGAUUAUGCAUCUGGUGCCUUGGAAUUUGAUGAGCAGUUAAUUCAGGGUGCCAUUAGUAGUAUUAUCAACAGGAUGGCUACUAUUGAAUGUGGAUAUUUUGAAACAGCUUUGUCCAGAUAUAUCGACGAGUUCUGCUUGAAAAGAGGAAACGAUUAUAAUGAGUUGUAUUUGAAAAGGCUACAAAACGUUACUAAACAAGAUUUGGAGAUUGUUAUGCAGAAAUACUUUGUUAACUUGUUUGAUCCCAACAAGAGUGUUGCAUUUGUAAGUUGCCAUCCCGGUAAAUUGGAAUCAAUUCAAGAAUUCUUUGAAACUCAAGGUUUCACUGUGGAAAUAGAAGAACUCGAAGACGAUGAGGAAGAAGAAAUUGAUAGCGAGGAUGAUGGAAAUGCGUGA